GCCAUACACGGCACGAUCAGCGCGAGACUCGCACCGGACCCCGCAUCUCUAACGCUUCAAUUUCCGAGCACGUGCCCGCGAGGCUUAAAAAGGCAUCUCAAACGCACGGUUAACGCGCGUAAAGCCUGCUUUCUUCCUCUUCUUCUGAUGUUUAAUGGUGGUUGGCGCGAUACAAAAUAACGCCAUACAUUCUCUUACUGUCUGCUGUAGCCUACUGUUACUUUUGAUUGGCAGAGUUUGCAACCAAUCGAAGCGCGGCAUCGCCUGAGGAAUGUUGCUCAUUGAGCCAAUUGAAGGCGCGUGAGGGCGGGGCUUCCCGCGGUUUCCCAUCUUUGGAAAAGUUGUGGAAAACGGAAAUGGAAAAACAUACGGCGAAACGCUCGUUUCUUCUUCCCGGUCACUCAUGAGAUGUUUACUUACACUUUGCAGCGUUGAAGAACAAAGAGCUGCUGGUGACAUAAAAAAAACAGACAACAACAUGAAUUUAAUGAGUUGUUUCUUUAUUAAUCGUCGCGGUGGGAUCGUUUGAUCUGCUCAUGUUAAAUGCGUCGGCUUGUGAACACAUGUUCUGCGUAUGGAGAUGUUCGUAUGGAGCGCGUUGUUGUUUAUCGCGCGAGCUCUUGUAAUCAAUGCAGCAUUAUCUAUUGAUCAUCAGGAGGAAUCACAGCGCAGAAAAGUAAUCAGGCGAAGAAUCAGUUCUUCACAACAGUACCCAGAGGACGCUAUCUCAGGCCACGCCCCCUACACCUUAUUUGGUCAGUGGGCGGGGAAGAGAAGCACCAGACACGCUUCACAGCGGAGCGAGAUGAAGCCUUCAGCGUUUGGAGUCUCCUUCCAUAAGUGCGCUCAGGUGGACUCGGGGGGCAGUGUGUCUGCGCAGGUGCAGGUGCGUCUGGAGGUCAGUAAUCCGCAGGAGGGUCGUGACCUUUCGCAGCUCUGCAUCCGUGACUCUGUGUCUGGGGUCACUCUGCUGCAGACCAAUGGCAGCGUCCAGGAGAGAGGCUUCCAGACCUUCAGCACAGACUCACUGCGCGCUGGCUCUCAGUAUGUGGUUUUGUACAGGAUGAGUGUGAAAGGAAACAGAGACUCGCAACUCUCAACAGAGAUUCUCAAUCUCCCUGCGUUUCUGACCUUCUCCAACGCCACUCAGAAUGACAUUCAUCUGUUUGGUCCAGUGAUCGCCAAUUUCACUGUGAGGAUAAACCCAACUGAACAGGCUGCUGCGGAUCGCUCUCUUCUCCUCGUGGGGUUCAUGGUCUCGUUUCUCCUGACUCUUCUGUUGGUGUCUCUGGCUGUGGUCAGUGUGAAGUACCUGCAGCGCAGCACACACACGAGACGCACCAUCAAUGAAGAGGCGGGGCCAUGCGAGUGCGACAUCACUACGGCAGCCAAUGAGGAGGCAGCGUUUGAAGAUAAGUUUGUGGAUAUUGUGAUGUUGGAAGAUCCACAAAACAUGAUUCCAGUGCUUGACAGUCUGCAGAUGUCGAGUGUGUUGCGUGCGGCGGUGUGGGUGGAGCGAGUGCGAGUGCAGAUGUUUAAGGGGCUGCUGUCUGUUUUGCUGGCGGGUGUUCGGGCGGCGGGGCGUCUGAGUGACCCGGGCGAGAGGCGUGUUCUGGGGGUCAUUAAUGGGCAGAUCGUGGGCAUGGAAGGGAAGGUCCAGGAGGAGCAUGUGGCGCGGAUGGCUGCGCUCGCUGCUCAGUGUAACCUGGAGACGCAGGAGGAGAUGGAAACACAGCAGCGCAAACACAUGAGUGAAACGGCACACGCAGAACAACUGUUCCAGCACGCACCGCUGCAGGACGUGCUGGAGGUUCGUUCUCUACUGGAGAAGCUGCAUAAGGAAGAGCUGAAGCGUCUGCAGAAGCGGCUCCUGGUCCGGCAUGAACACGCGUCUGCACAGGCUCACAGACAGCAGGCGCUGCGGCGGCGCUUUGAGCUGCACAAGAUCUUCGGUGAGGAGCUGGAGGAGGCCGCUCGGACCGGAGAGCUGGAGAAAAGCACUGCAGACGAACUCCUGAUGCAGUACUACAGCCAUCAGGAUGCUCUGGAGGAGGUGCUUGAUGUCCUUCUGGCCAAUCAGAGAGCGCUGCUGGCCGAACGACACGUGCAGCGCCGCUUCCUGCUGCAGAGUUUCCAGAGUCUUCAGGCCGUGACGAGUGAAGCAUUCAGCAGCAGCGCGCGACGCAUCAGAGAUGCACAAACACACGGGGAGUGUAGUUUCUCCCAACAGUGUUUGGAUGUUCAUCUGGAGAUUCUGCGGGUCAAACAGAAUUUAGAAGAAAGCGUGAGUCGCGAGCGCAGCGCCAUCCGCUGUGACAUCAUCAAGAAGAGACGACAGCUGCUGUCUGAGAAGGUGUGUGAACACUGGCAUCAGCUGCAGGCGGUGAGCGCUUCCUCUGAUGUCACGGUGGAGCAGUACCUGCAGAAAUGGACGGAAAUCCUGAUGUACCAGAGCAAUGAACUAUCAGAACUCAUCAAUCACCUGGAUGAAGAGACGGCAGGCAGGACACGCAAGAUGAGUCUGUGUGUGCUGCAGACUUCACUGGCGGAGCUGAAGGUGCAUGUGUCUGCGUGGUGUCCAGGAGCUGCGCAGCUGCUGCCGCAGACGGAGGAGGUUCAGGAGCGUCUGCAGUGUUUGGGGAAGGCAGCGUCCCGCGAGCUGCGAUCCGCUCAGAGCUGCAUCCGACAGCAGCAGCAGCAGGAGCUUCAGCAGCAGCGCAGCAUCAGAGACGCCUGCACAGAAUACUGCAGCUGCGUGUGUGCGUGUGUGCGCUCUCUCUCGUGUGAGCAGAGUCUGCGUCUGCAGCUGGAGUGUGUGAAGGCUGCGUGUCGUCUGGAUCGCUGUCUCGCUCUUCCACACGCUGUCUGUGAGCUCAAACAGCACGACACUGACCCCAGUGACCCCACCGAGACCCCUACAGAUGAGGAGACGGAGAGGUCAGAGGUCACAGAGCUGCAGUGUUUCCAGAGGCGUCUGCAGGAGCGGCUGCAGAAGAGCUACACACAGAGCGACGCGCCGCAGCGGGCGUGGCACGAGGCGAGUGUGUUUCAGGAGCAGCAGCUGCGUGUGUGUCAGGAGUGUGUGGCCGUGUUUGUGGCGUCGCUGCAGUGGGAACAUGCAGAGAAGAAAACUAAAGUGACGGAGACACACACAGCCCUACUGCAACUACAAACACUCCUGAGACCAGAGAUACUUCACACUGACAUCACACACACCAUCAACACACACCGGCUGGCUCUUGAGGAGGCGGAGCUCCGGCUUCAGUGGGAGGAGUCAAUGGGUGGGCGGGGCUGUGUGAGCUCAGAUGAUGAAGAAGAGGAUGUGUUCAUGGUGGACGGUGGAGUCGCGUCUGUCCUGCAGGAGGCGCUCUUCAGGAGGCAGCGUGUGAUUGACAGAGUGCUGCGAAGGAAUCAGACACUCGAGCAUCAACAAGAUCAGCUUCAGCUGAAGAGACUGCAGACGUACUGCGAGCAGGAUCUGGAGUUUACAGCAGCGUUGGUCAAACAGUCUCUGAUGUCUGUUCCUGAUCUCCACAAAGUCCUGCGGCUCCUGCUUCCUACAGUACCUGAAGGAGAACUGCUGUCACUCGUAGACGCACUAGGACCCAGAGCAGGGGAAUCAGGAAGCUGCUCGUCUCUGGCAGACAGACUGAGACAUGACGUGCUGAGCAGAAAUCUGUCUGACGCUCCUCGAGACAGGGACAGAGACAGAGACAGGUCAGUCUUAUCAUCAUUAGAAACACAAACCAGUGUUUGAGGCAUUAACAUAGACACUGACUACAAGAAGAAGAAACACUGAGAACAUUCCCUGCGAACUCAGAUUGUCACACACCCGCUUCAUCCAGCUGUCACGGAUCACUCCCAUCAUGCCAUGUGUUGAGUGUGUGUGUUUAUGUCUGUGUGUGUGUGUGUUCCUCAGGUUCCUCAAGAAGCGUCAGAAGCUCCUCGACAAGUUGUUGUCUGGAGCUGGACGUUCUGGAGUCGCUGAAAAGACUCCACGUAGACGCCGCCGCAGACGAGAACUUCCUGUGCCAGAACCUUCCGAGGAGACCGUGUCAGGGCCUGAGAUGAGGGGUGGAGAGGAGGCGUGGCCAGAGACGAGGGGCGGGGAGGAGGCGUGGCCUGUUGGUGUGGCUCAGGACAGUCUUGUCUCUAUGAGGGAUUGUAGUGAAGGGGUGUGUCCUUGGGGCGUGGCAGCAGCUGAGGGGGCGGGGUCUCUGGGUGGUGCUCAGGGCAGUCUGGUGUCUGCGGAGGGGCUGUUUGUUUUCCACUGCGUUCCUCCUGCAGCCCAGCAGCACACGCAAACAUCGCACUCACACAAGAAGAAACGCAACUUCCUGAACUUCAAGAAGAGCAGUGUGGCUCCCCAGCCAAACAUGUGACACUACAUUGCAAAGCAUCAUGGGACUGUAAUUGAGUCUUUUGUGUAACUAUUGUCCUUUUAUCUUCAGCAGUACAAUGACAUCAUCCAGAUGUGAGUGUUUUUCCUUCACAAACAUUCACUUAAAUGAUCAGGUCAGAAAGAUGCAAAAACAAAAAGACCUUUGAUCUGUAGUUUACAUUCCUUUUUAUAAAUCAAUCUUUUUAUUUUAAUCAACCAUGAUUAAAAAAAGGGACAUG